ACAACGUGGUGACGCUUCUGGAUCUGAUGAUGGGUCGCAGGGUGGUCAGGGUGUGAGCGAUCGAGGAGGAAGUGAUUCGCGCAGUGGGACGGGAGAGACCACUCAUUUCGAGUGGCGUGGGCACCAUGGUGGCUGCAGGUUGGCAGGUGCUGAAAGAAGGGGGAGUUCCUCCGGUCCAAUCGUGAACGAGAUCCUUGGUGGCACACGCAUCCCUGGCGUGACGAUGGACGGACGAUUGGCGAUGGCGUGGCAGCGAGUUCAGAGAGGUUCCACAGAGUUACGGGACGUCGGCGAUGAGCGAGGUGAGCUGCUCCGACAACUGCCGUCCCGAUCUGGUUCGGCAUGCCCGCGGGUUCGGGAACAAGGACGAAAAGACUCCUGGGCCGAAGCCGAGGAUCUCAACCGGAAAGGGGAACACCAAGUCCAGCCCCAAGCGGAGCAGCGACGAUGUGUAGAGGUGACUGCAGAGAUCGAGGCUCUGGAGCUCAAGCUAGCGAUCCUCGAGGACAAGGUGAAGUGCUGUGGAUGGGCGAGGGAUGACGACAUGAUCUGCGAGGGCGACUUCAUCCGCGGCCACCACAACCAGGCGGUGGUCUACGUCAACCAGCACUACGGGCACAACGAUCACAGCAGUGAAGCACGGACCGACGCCGGGAUCAAGAGCUACCGCUCCGGUCAAGGCAGUUUCAACUAG